UUUAACAUGUUGAUGUAAUAAUCAUAAUAAUUACCAUAAUCAUGUUUUUAGUUAGCGGUAUUAAUCACUAAUGACUGCACUUUCGAAUUGCUCAUAAAUGUGCUUUCCUUCGCUUUGCCAUCGGUCUUCACUUUCAGCUUAUACUACGUCUAUAAUUUUAACACCAAUCUGGUAAGUCGAUCACGUACUUUCUUACUUUUUUUCUUUUUCAAUCUGAUGCGGAAUAAUCGUUCAGUCGAUAGUACAAAACAAUCAUGGAGCAUAUAUAUUACGACUGGAAAUCUUUCAAGAGUAAAGUGGAAUUGGAUAUACUGGACGAUUACGCUUGUACAGCGAAACUGCUUACGAAGAUAUUUACGUUUUCUACCUUCAUUAUGAUAUCAGAUAUUAUAUUAGUUCACAUCAUGCCAUUAUUUCUCGAUGUUAUUCUACCUCUGAACGAAAGCCGUUCACUACAUCUGUAUAUAAAAGUGGAAUACUUUGUCAAUCAGUCCAAAUAUAUGCCUUUUCUCGUGGUGCACAUUUAUCGAAUGAAAGUGACGAUGGAUAAAGACGUAUUACGGAUUCCUAACCCAGAACAGGAACGUAUAAUUUUGAAGAGAUUGGUUUGCACAAUCGAUCUUCAUCGAAGAAAUCUUCUAUUUUGCAAUAUAUUAAUGAAUCGAUUAGAAAGAGUGUAUUUCGUACUUAUUAUACCCUCUGUGGCAUCUCUGAGUAUUUGUAUGUUCCGAUUUAUGCAGGCGAUAAUGGCGCGUGAUAGCAUAAUGGAAAUAAGUAUAUCGUUCGGCCUCUUUUUAAUUCAAAUCUUAUUCAUAUUUUUUGGCAACCAUUGCGGCCAACAAAUAACAAACAAUAAUGCUGAGAUCUUUGAUACAGUGUAAGUAUUCACCUUCCAAAGUCUAAUGAGAAUUUUUCACAGUCAUUUUUCUCGUAGAUAAACUUUAAUUCGCAUACUAUUACUUCUAAUACUUGGUAGUAUUAAUAUUUGGUGGUAUUAAUUUCUAUUCUAUGUUUUUGGUAUUAAUUUGUAUUCUAUGUUAUUUAAAUACAUCUGUAUUUUAUAGUACGUACAGAACAAUUUUAUUAAAUUCGCGCGUCUAACGAAAAUAUAAAGUUUCAAAAUUUCAAAGGCACUCACAAACACGAACACCUUUUGUUCCGUGUACUUGCAGAUAUAAUCUACAGUGGUACGUAGUUUCUCGGAAUAUACAAAAAUUCGUGUUGUUUCUGUUGCAA